GGCCUUGGGCGUGCGUGCGGCAUCCGCCUCGGGAUGGAGGGGACCCAGUCCAGCGGCGAGCGAGCGGGACUACGGGGUGCUGCUCGGUUCUCGUGCCCCCCCGACUUCACCCCGAUGCCCUCAGCCUCAGAGCCCCGUCGUUUCUCCUUGGAGACGCUGACAGGCCCAGACACGGAGCUGUGGCUUAUCCAGGCCCCUGCAGACUUUGCUCCGGACUGCUUCAACGGGCGGCGCGUGCCUCUCGCUGGCUCCCAGACUGUGAAGGGCAAGUUGGCCGGCAAGCGGCAUCGCUAUCGGGUCCUCGGCAGCAGCCCCCAUGCUGGAGAAGCAACCUUGCUGGCACCCUCGGCAGAGGCGGGAGGUGGACUCAUCUGUGCCCCGGCCCCCCAGGGCAGUCUAAGGAUCUUUGAGGGUCUGCAGGAAUCCCUGUCAGGGACCCCUCUGCAGCCCAUUCCAACAAGUCCCCCCCCACGGGUUCCCCCUGGCCUGAAGCCUCGGUUCUGUGCCUUUGGAGGCAGCCCACCAGUCACAAGGCCUGGGUCAGCCUUGGCACCCAACCCAGCGAAAAGGAAGAAGGGGACGCAGAUGCCGGAGGCCCCAGUCUCUCAGGAGGCAGUGAAUGGGUACAGGGCCCUGGAAGUGGACACAGUUUUGGGGCCCCCAGAAAUGGAUGUGGGAGGAAAGAAGAAGAAGAAAAAGCAGCAGCUGAAAGAACCAGAGCGGACAGAGCCCGCGACAACAGAGCCCACAGCUGGGAUGCCGCAGCCUCUGGGAGUGCUGGCCCUGUCCCCCACCAAGAAGAAAAAGAAGAAAUCCAAAGGGGAAGAAACAUUUGAGCCAGAAGAAAAGAAAGUGGAGCUGGAACUCAUUAAAACUGAGCCUCUGGAAGAGACAGUCUUGUCCCCCACCAAGAAGAGAAAGAGGCAAAAAGGGACUGAAGGGACGGAGCCUGUGGAGGGGGUGCUGGGUGAGUCUCAUCCACAGGUGAAAGUGGAACCGCAAGAAGAGGCCAUCCCACUGCCCCCCAUGAAGAAGAGGAAGAAAGAAAAAGUGCAAGAUGCAAUGGCAGAGCCAGGGACAGAGGCCACUGAGCCGGAGCUGACAGAGCUGGAGCUGCUACGUGAAGCUGAGCCUCCUGCCGAGGCAGCUCUGGCACCCGCCAAGAAGAAGAGGAAGAAAGAAAAGCAUCAGAAUGCCCUGACGGAGCCAGGGACAGAGGUGGUGGAACCUGAGUUGCCAGACGACCUGGAGCCUCAGGCAGCUCCGGCAUCCACCAAAAAGAAGAAGAAAGACAGAGGUCAUGGAGAGGCAGAGCCAGGGACUGGGCUGACGGACCCAAGGGAGGCUGCGGAGCCCUGGGCAGCUGCAGGACCCGCCAAGAAGAAGAAGAAGCGGAGUCAGGAGAGCAGGAUGCCAGAGCCGGUGCCCCAAGAGGAGGUGCCAGAGCUGCUGCCGACUCUGGAGUCUGGGGGGGUGGCUCCCACGGGAGGGCGGGAGAAAAAGCGGAAGAAGAAGUCGCAGCAGGACCCUGCAUAGCCUCCUCCAGGGAGA